GUUUACCGUUGUUUCCUAGCAACGGCUGUUCCAUAAGGGCUGGUGGUUUGCCUGGUCAGAGCUCAUCACUUCUGGGAUUCCCAGAGUUAGGUUCUGACUGUUAGAAGUAAUUAAAAGUUUUUAUUUCUUAAAAUUAGUUCUGAGCCUACACAAAGGUGGCUAAAGACAUGUUCUCCACUUUGAGGAAGCUCUGCUGCUUUAAGAGAGAGCCAAAAACCCCCUUGGGGUUUUGUGAUGGCCCAAGCAAUAGGGAGGGGAGCCUGGCUUGUUGUGACUGUAGUCAUGAGGAUAAGUAUGGGCACUCUUAUGAUCCGGAUAAUAAAUUUCAUGAAGCAGUGUGCAUGGGAAAGAUCAAAGUGGUGCUGCAUCUCCUCUCUAAGAAGAAAUUUAGCAUAAAUGACACGGAUAAAGGAAAACGAACUGCACUGCACUUCGCAUGUUUUUAUGGUCAUCUGCAUCUGGUUCAGUUCUUAUUAUAUAAUGACUGCAUGAUAAAUGCCCUUGAUGAUCAAAAGGCCACACCACUAAUGAAGGCUGUACAAAGCUGGGAGACAAAGAUUGCUUCUGUCCUCCUUGAUAAUGGAGCAAAUCCCAAUUGUAAAGAUUCCAAUGGAGAAACAGCACUACAUCAGGCAGUAUAUGUUGACAGUCCAGAUAUUGCUGCCAGUCUCCUUGAAUAUGGUGCAGACAUUGAAGAAACUACAAAGGAUGGGUUUACACCUCUCCUGCUGGCACUUCGAGAAAGGAAACUCCUCACAGCAGAAUAUUUAAUAAAACAUGGUGCAAAUAUUUAUGCACGGGAUGAUUAUCAAAGAACAACACUCAUGUAUGCAGUGCAAUGGGAUUCUGAAGUCAUUGUUGAGCAGUUACUGGAGAAAGGAAUUGAUCACUCCUUAAAGGACUCAUUUGGAUGGAGUGCACUUCAGUAUGCAGUGGCAGGAAAACGCAAAGUAAAGGAUAUAAUUUUGGACUAUGAGGACUCACUCCUCUUAAGUCAACACAGUAUCUUCACAGGAAAUCUACAUGCAGACUUCUACUCAUCAGGAUAUGGUUUCAGAUCCGAGUCACUGAUUUCUAUGUGUUCAAGAGAGGAGGAUGAAUAUUAUUCUGAAAUCCAGCAAGACAUUCCUGAAAAUAUUAUGGAAAACGGUGUGGAUGAUUUACCAGAAGCUUCCAAAAUAUAUGAUGCUGUAGAAGAACAAAAAGAAGAACUAGGAUUAGAAACAGUACUGGAUUUAAAACUGGAAAAUAAAGACAUAUGCCAUAAGAAUGAAGAAUACCAAAACUUGAACACUUCCAGGAAAGCUGUCCAUUCAUACAACACAGGAAAUGGUACAGACAAUAAUGAAACAAGUCAAGUGUGGGCUGACAAAUGUCCACACCCAGAGACUAGGGAUUAUUCUCAUCCAAUCUACAAGCCUAAGUCUGAAUCACAACAAUCUCAACCAGAUAUAGAUUUGUCAGAAGAACUGGAAGAAGAAAUAUCAGAAUCUAAACUGGAAAGUGAGAGAAGUUUUCAUAAGGGUGCAGAAAUUCAAGGAUUUAGUGUGUCUAACUCUAAUGGACUGCAUGAAAAUUCCACAGAAGUUCCACAUUCAUCUAAUAUGUACAAUAAUGCAGAAAAAAAAGUAAUAAAGCUUCUGGAGAAAAAAUCUACCAUGGAAGAUAAAAUACAGACCUCAGAAGAAGAGGAACAAAAUACUGUUAGAACAAGCAAAAGGCCCCUUAUUCAUACUAUAAGAACACGUUUUUGUGCAUGCUUCACCAUAAAACGGAAUUAUUCCCCCAUCCACAAGAAAUAGAAGAGAAAACAUAGAACUCCAAGGGCAAGGCUAUGGUUGCUGUGGAGAUCUUCUGCAUCUUGGCCUCAAGGGCAGGACUGCUUCUUUGCAUCUUUUCUCCAAAGUGCUAUAUUAUUCUGUUAAGACCACAGAUACAUUCUUUUUACAAGUUCAGAAAAACACUUGCGAAAUCUGAAAAUAUUAAUAAAAUUUAACUGCUUAUGCAGUAUAUCAAUCACAUCUACAUCAUCAGAAAGCUGGCUUCUCAUUAAGUAUUAUAUCAAAAUAUAAGGUUUCUACCAUGGAAAAAUAUAGAAAAUAAGCUAAAUAAUAAAGUUUUAAUAUAUGAGCCUUGAACUCAUUUUAUUGGAACAAACUAUAUAAUUAGGCACUUUAAUUCUUUAAUGUUGCUUAACUUUUAUUAUUGAAUUGUAUGGUAUCUGAAAAUUGGCUCUUGGAUUUACAAAUUAUUUCAUUUGGUAUACACUACCACUACAGUUUUUGUGAUAUUAUUACAUUCCAGAAAAAAUAUUGCCAAGUGAAUGGUAUGUAUAGAUAGGCAGUAAUAAUGAAACCCUUUAUAUUGAUCUAGAACUGCAAAUAUUUUACAAAAAGUACUUAAAUAAUUUUCCAUGUGAGAUGAAUUUUCAGUACUUGGCAUGAUAAGUACAAUGAUCUUAUGCUAUUAAUAACUGCUUUUCUUUUUAAUUUGAAGGCUCUUUAACAGGAAUGUAUUUCAGGAUUUACAUUGUAAUACUGUUGAAAAACACAUGAGUGAUGGUGUAACAUAACGAAUCACAAUAUGUUGUUAUUUUGCUGAGUGGUCAUAACAUUAAAUAUAUUUCUAAAUAUUUAGGUUUAAAACCUAACACAUAGGCUUCUCUCGAACUUAGAUAUAAAAGGUUAUUUAUAUCUUAUUACAUAGUACACAGCUGUCAAUUCAAAAAUGCAUAAUGAUUUAAAUUAUAGAGAAUAUCAUACUUGCUAGUUCAACUUAAAUAGAACAGCUAACCAAAUCUGCUCAUCAUCAAGGUUUAGGAAACAUUAUGGUAUAAGAAGAGGCAGAAGGAAGUAAUAACCAGCAACUAAGGAAUAUUGUGAAGUGCUAUCAUUAAAAUAUGAUGCAGUUCUUGAAAUUCUGAUUACUCAACAAUCUCCACAAGAUCAAAAAGUGUAAACCCUGACAUUCCAUUAGAUAUAUUUUGGGGCUCCCCCAGUGUACUAUAAGCUAUAGUCAGUAUAGUGUGCCUAUGGGAGAAAAACUUAUUCUAUUUUGAGGAUGCUGUUUAUGUUAGGAUCUGCAUUCUCUAGUAAAUGGCCCUAAAUCUAUUUACAAUUUGACAUCACUAACUGAACAUACUUAGUUAUCAAAAACAAAGCCAAUAAGUUGGAAGGGGAAAUGUUGAAAUAUGGGGAAAGUUGCAUAGGGAAAUGCAAAAUGGAAUUGGUUUGUGGCAUUGAUUAAUUUACCAAAUGAUCAAAAUAAAAGAAAUUUAAAAUGUUGUCUAGACAACAAUACAUCUGUCAUUUAUUUUGAAAUUGAAUUACCAGUAUUAAAGUAAUGAACAUAGAUCUUUCAUAAAGUUUUCUGCUGAAAUAUUGAGCUAUUAUAAAAUUCUUUAUUAAUAGUAAUUAUUAAUAAUAAUAACAACAACGAUAAUAAUCUGUCCCAGAUUUUUCCACAAAAUUUCUCAAGCAUUGCCUGAUGUUUGACUGUUGGUCUCUGCAACCGGAUUCAUCCUCGGUUAGAUGAAGCCUCUCAGGAGGUAGUUAUGCUAGGUUUUUGUUUUUAAACACAGCACAAUAUCAGUGAGAAGUCCAUGUUAUAAACUCUUACAUGGAAUUUUUCUCAGGCUAGGGCACUCAUUGGUUGACUAUUCCCUCAUUCUUUGCUCCAUCUUUAACCCUGAACAUGUUGUACAAAAGAAAAAAAAUGAAGGAUGGUUUAAGGGUAGAUUGAUGUUUCUCUUCUUCCUGCAGAAUUCCUGCUUGGCUAUAGGAAAUAGCCAUUUCAGACUUUAUAUUCUCCAAAGGGAACAAUAUAAGCUAGGGUCCCUCCCAUAGACCCUGCAUAUAAAAGUCUCCCAAGAACCAGGCCUCAAGCUAGUCACCAGAGAUACCCCCAUUGAUUUACUUCUGAAGGAUAGAUAACAUAGACAGUCUAAUAUAUUGUGUGAAAGGAGAGUUCCUGUUUUCUACAUGUCCAAAGUAACUAAGAAUAAAUUUAAAAGAGGGCCAAAAGGAGCACUGAUCAAAGAAUAAAAAUUUAAAUUAGGUUUAGUUUAGUUAUAUUUUAAAAGAAAAUGUAAGAUAAAAAUUAUUAUGUGGCCUUGAAAAUAUGUAACACUUAGUACUCAUAUAUGCUAUAAGCAUGUUUUGAUAUUCUCUUGGAAAAUAUUUGUGUUGGUAAUGAAACAUUCCAUGGAUGCAGUACCAAAUAAUCUACAAUUUGGUAAGAGUUGAAAAUCUUAAUUCAUGAUUAAAAAAGAACCUGACCAUUUAAAGGAAGCCAUUGGUUUCCUUAAAGGACAUUGUGAUAAAAAUAACUAUUACUGAAAUUCCAGAAAUGGUGAUAUCACAUUUGAGAUGAUAUUAGUAAAACUUGUUAGGCAUGGUAAGUGUAUGUUACACAUUGUAAGAAAGUCCCACAUGGACCCAAAUCACGUGGGAGGGAGAGCUAAACCUUCAGAGGCGCAGGCACGCUUGGGAGACCGGAAGAGACUACACUCUGCCCACAUUACAGACUCCAGAGGAGAACACCUAAUGCCAUCUGGGACCCCGGUGCAUGGGGGCUCCAGGAAAAGGCAGGGCAGGCCCUCCUGGUUGAGGCCUCACAGAGAGCUCAAAAGCAGCCCCCCAUGAGCAACUUGAGCCAUGGGACCACAGGUAAGACCAAAUUUUCUGCUCCAAGUGACCUGCCUGGUGGACUCAGGACACAGUCCCACAGGAACAGCUGAA